GGAGACUGAACGCGCAUACUUUGACAAAUUACUUCAAGUUUUCAUAGCCACUCAGUCAUUCAAGAUGGAUCACCACAGUCAUUCUAACAGUUCAUCAAGGUCAUUUUCCAUAUACCAUCAGUCCGCGACUUCUAUAGAAGGCAUCAAGGCCUCCUACGACGAUCUUUUAGAAGAAUAUGCCGCGCCCCAUCCUGUGAAUUUACAACGUGGAGCAUUCACUACUCCAGCACAAAUAAUAGGUGCUGAUACGUCGCUGCACCACCAAGAGUAUCCUCCUAGAGCACUGGAAAAUAAAAGUGGUACCAGAUUGUUGUGGGCCAAGAUUCUACCAGAUUCAGUAGCAUGUCGACUAUACGUUACUACAGUAUUGAUCCAAACAACGGUUGACCUCGCGAUUGAAGGUGAUCUCCUUGUUCGAUUGAAUGGGAGCGAGCAAAGUCCCGGAUCGGCUAGAGAAAAAAUGCCUGUUUACUUGAGUAUCUUCGCACUUGCUCAUGUCUUUCAAUUUGCAAUGGCCAUAGACGCCGUCUAUGCACGCAACACUUUGCAGUUCAUUGCUCUUACCGUGUUCAACAUAUUGUUCCUCGUUUAUGCCAUCAUACAAAUCGGAGAGAUUCAGGCCUCUUCCACAUCGGCAUCGGGUAUUAUCCAUAUUCCUGUGAAUGUGCUCGCCAAUAUCAUCCCUGUCGUUAUUUCUGUUGCUGAGCUAGCAUAUAUUGGUCUUGGCUGGAAAAUCUACGACGAAUUUGGCUGGAAAGUCUAUAAAUUUCUUGGUGCCGACAGGAGAAUCAAAAGAAUGUAUGCCAGCUAUCAAAUAUUCGAGUGUCUUGUCAAAUUCGAUGUUUUCUUUUGGGUGGGCUUUUCUGUACAGUUCAUCUGGCUCGUGCUACAGCAUGAUGACUGGGAAUACUAUGUGACCUGUGCUGCUCUUCCGUUGUCGAUCGUACUUCUUGUGGAAGGUCAUCUAGCAGCUCGCCAUGAAAACAAGUGGAUGAUGUUCACUUUUAUGGUCGGGUGUGCGGGCGCACUGGUAUAUUUCAUAUUCAAGCUCUUCAAAGUUCUCAAAUAUCGGGGCACAUCUGAAUACAGUGAUGUGUGGAAAUCGCUAACGACUUUCUCCACUAUUGCUAUUUUAUUGUUGCUCUUAACUUUUGUGUUUGCAGUUAUCGUUUUGCGCAAUUUUGGGCACGGGUUGAAAACAUGUAUGACCAAGAGCCAGUUCCGCGGACGGCGCAGUUCCCAAUAUCAACCGCGCGGCCAAAUGUCAAUUAACCCUCAUAGGAUGAGUAUAGAGUGAGUUGACAGUAAAGUACUAUUGCGGUUAUUCACUAUUACCAUUACUCUUACUCUAUCAUCUUCUGGGUCUUUCAGUUGACACAGAUGUAUAUUAAAAACAAAAAUCAGCUAUCGUGUCGAAAUAAUCUCCAAUAUCACCUGAAAAUAAUUGGACAAAUCUAUGUUUGAUUA